AUGGAAGCAGCUGCAACACAGUUGUCUGACUCCUGGUUCAACGCAGUUAUUAUCGAGUCCCUAGCACACGGGAUGUAUACCGCGUUGCUUGCAGUUGUACUAUGGCGGAUCCUUUUGUUCAGUGUUCCCCCUAGGAGGCAGACGAAGGUCCUCGCUGGAAUUUCCGUCUUCAUGUAUAUCAUGGCAACGAUUCACAUCGCUGUAAGAUGGUAUUAUGCUAGACGAGCAUUCAUUACAAAGGGACAGACGGAGGAAACCAGGUACUUCGCACUCAUAGACUCACUUAUUGCCGGUGGUCCAUUAUGGGUACCGACGAUUGCUAGCGUCGUCGCGAGUACAAAUAUAUUAAUGGCUGAUUGUGUGAUCAUUUGGCGGUGCUGGGUCAUAUGGGGAAGGAAUUGGAGGAUCAUCGUCCUUCCUUCCAUAUGCACACUUUGUGGAACACUCUUCGACAUUUUCUUCCUGUUUCAAGAGUUAACGCCCUUUACCGGUUCGCAAGGUAGUUCUUCGACUCCGUGGGGAAGCGACUCUAUCAAAUGGGGAGUAGCAUACUAUAGUAUGACACUCUCGACGACGAUCAUAUGUACAGUGCUCAUCGUGUACCGGCUGGUUCAAGCGAGCACUACCAGCUUGUCUCUAUCCAUUGCCGUUAAUCCAUACUACCGAGUCAUGGAGAUCAUGGUAGAAUCUGCCGUAUUAUAUGUCAUCGCGCUAGUGAUUUACAUCCCGUUCAUCGCAACGAAUAACCCAAAUAGUCUUUAUCCGCAAGUUGUUCUGGUUUCUGUUACAGGCAUCGCGCCGACUUUGAUACUCCUUCGUGUUGCCUCUGGAAAUCAAUCCGGGAAUACGAAUCCGGGUUCACCAGAUAAUACUAUGCAUCCAGGGGGUUUACAGAGUCAGUCAAAAUUGAAUGCGGAGGGCAGUGUUACGUGCGUGGAGGAGGACGAUGCAAGGCUCAUUAUUCCAGCAAAAAGUGCGGAAGUUGUAUGA